UCAUGUCAAAAUUGAUGGCCGUCGGGAAUUCAGGUGCCGCUGGUUUGUUUACGUUUUAUCGCGUGCUCUCUCCGGUGUGCAGUGCUUUUCGGUUCGCUUCCUUUUGGUGGAAAAUUCUAAACAUUGCCUGUUUCCCCCGGAGUGGUUGGCUUACGGUGCUGUGGUUUCCCGGUCGCUGUCUGGCGAACAGCUGUUUGUGUACAAAGUGUUGACCGCUUGCGCCAAUCCUUGCAUACGACGGGCAGUUUCAAAAGCGAAGAAUAAAAAGCACGUGGUCUAUCGGGCGGUGAGUGUGUGUGUGCCCUUUUUCCAUCGCUGGAACGACGCAAGCGACGCAUGACCACACUCUUCACGGUGUUUGAUUGAUAUCCAUUUCGCUCUCCCACCCACCGGUUUUUUUCCGGCGCACUCGAAGGAAGAAAACGUCAACCCGCACGUCACCUAGAGAGGAAUUAGUGCACAAUCGAGCGGUAACGAUGGUAACGGGCAACGAGAGUAACGUUGAUCUGCCGGCGGAACCACCAGCCACCGCCAGCACCGUAGCAACGGCAACGGCGAUGGACACAACCAGCGACGCCCCGGGGCAACCGAACCGUAAGCUGGGCGGGUUUGAGUUCUACGAAAAGGUGCUCCGUUCGCCGCGGUACGUCGUGGCCCCGAUGGUGGACGCUAGCGAGCUGGCCUGGCGGCUGCUGAGCCGCCGGCACGGCGCACAGCUCUGCUACUCGCCCAUGUUCCACAGCAGCUGCUUCACCAAGGAUCCGAAGUAUCGGAAGGAUUCGCUGCAAACCUGCCCGGAAGACCGGCCGCUGAUUAUACAGUUCUGCGGCAACGAUCCGAAGAUAAUGCUGGAGGCGGCCCUGCUCGCCCAGGAUCACUGCGACGCGAUCGAUAUCAAUCUCGGCUGCCCGCAGGCCAUCGCCAAGCGCGGCCACUACGGUGCCUUCCUGCAGGACGAAUGGGAGCUGCUGCGGGAGAUCGUAAGCACGCUGCAUCGCCAUUUGGCCAUCCCGGUCACGUGCAAGAUACGCAUCUUCGAGGAUAUGGCGAAAACGAUUCGCUACGCCCGAAUGCUGCAGGACGCCGGUGCCCAGAUGCUGACCGUGCACGGGCGAACCCGCGACCAGAAGGGCCCGCUGACCGGGCUGGCCGACUGGAAGUACGUGCGGGUGCUGCGGCAGCAGCUGAGCAUACCGAUCUUCUCGAACGGCAACAUCAUGUCGGUGCACGACGUCGAGCGGUGCAUCGCCGAGACGGGCGUCAACGGGGUGAUGACGGCGGAGGGCAACCUGCACAAUCCGGCCCUGUUCGAGGGCGUGAAUCCGACCGCCUGGAGCAUGGCGCACGAGUAUCUGGAUCUGGUCGAGCAGUACCCGGCCCCGAUAUCGUACAUCCGGGGGCAUCUGUUCAAGCUGUUUCAUCAUCUGAUGCACUUGAAAUCGAAUGCCGCCCUGCGGGAGAAGCUUGCCGGCAGCCACUCGGUCGCCGAGUUCCGCACCGUCGUAACGCAGCUCGAGCAAAAGUAUCUUCCCUACCACGAGGGAACGCUCCUCUGGACGGGAGAGGACGACAGUGACGCAACGCACAACGACGAUGACACUACUAGCACCGCCACCGAAAAUGGACAACAACCUUCCCCUCCCCACCCAUCCAAACAGGACCAAAAUCUGCACCUGCCCCCAUGGCUCUGCCAGCCGUACAUUCGCGCUCCGCCCGAGGUGCACCGGCAAAAGCUGGAGGAAGCGCACCGGCUGGCGAACGAUCCGACGCGCGAAAAGCGCCAGUUCUUUGACGCCCAUGGGAAUGAAAUUUCACGCAAACGGAUGAAAAAGAUACGCCGCGUGCAGCGUCGCCCCAAGAACAAGAACCGUGCACAGCAGCGCGCCCUAAACAGUGGCAAAGGAAGACAGACCGCUUCCUCCCAGGAUAACGAUGAGAGUGAUGACGAUGGGGAGGAAGAGGAUGGAGAAGAAGGCCAGCAGCAGGAGAACAACAUCGUACGGAUGAAUAUUUCGCUCGCGGAAGCGAACGGCCGGCGGCGACGGUUCGAUGAGCUGUGCAAAAAUGACGCACCGAACUGUACCAAUCCGAUGGGUAUGAAAUGCGAGCACCGUUUAUGCCGGACGUGCUGCAAGGGCAAAUGCUACCGGGAGAACCGCGAUUGCGCAGGGCACAAGAUACGCAUCAAGUCGAGGCGCGAGAAGGCGAUCGCACUGACGCGGGCGGAACAGGAAGCGCAGAGAAAGAUCGACGAGGAGCAGGAGCAGCAAAAGUGCGCGGAGGUGGAAAUGUUGGUGCCUACUGCGGAAGAGCCUACCAUCGAACGAAGCUGAUCGGUGGAUGUAAUUGAACGUUGAGAAAGCGUCUCCGCCGGGGGACAGAUUAAUGUUUGACGGGGUCUAAUAAAAAAUAUCUUUCCUUGACUAGCGUGCGUGCCAAAGUGGCGCACAAUGGCCAA